GAAAUACGUAAGUCAACCUACCCAACACAUACAACCUGAACAGACGUCGAUUGAAAAGUAAACAAUAAGAAUCCAUCUAUCCUUUCGGUACGCUCGAAAAUCUGUAGACUAUUAAACUGAAUGUAUUAAAAAUAAUAAUAAAUCAAAAUAUAUACUCUCAAUGGCCUCUAAUUACCUUCCGAAAGGAAGCAAGGUUGGGUUUCCAUUUUUACUAUUUGGUCUAUUAAACAAUCUUUUAUAUGUCGUUAUACUAUCCGCUGCGCUUGAUUUAGUAGGCGCCAAUAUAUCCAAAGGGGUUGUUUUGCUUUCAAAUAUUGUUCCUUCGUUGUCAUGUAAACUAUUGACUUCAAUACUGCAAGCUCAUCGCUACUCGGCUUCUAAAAGAGUCUUGGCUUGUGUAUUUUUAUCUUUUUUUGGGAUGCAGUGGAUUGCCUGGUCAUCUUCCGUUUGGUCUAAGAUGCUCGGCGUAUCGUUGGCAGCUAUCUCGUCAAGCUUUGGUGAAAUCACUUUUUUGCAACUUUCUAGCAGGUACGAGUCGACUGCCUUGACUUGCUGGAGCUCAGGUACUGGUUUAGCUGGCUUAUUUGGCGCAUCCUUCUACCUUGUGUUCACCACAUGGCUUAACUUUACUGUUCGUACCACUCUAUUGGUCUCAAGCUUUCUUCCUUUAUUAUUAAUUUUUAAUUAUUUCUGCAUAUUACCAAAACCCGAGUACCAGCAUAUCUCUGUUCCUCAUCGAGUACCCUUCGAUGCUAUUCACCAAGGAGGAACUAGUUCCUCCAAGAAUGUUUUCUCUUCUAUAAAAGUAUUCUUUUAUCUCGCGAAGCCCUUCUUACUAUCUCAUAUGUUACCGCUGUUUUUAGUCUAUCUCUCUGAAUAUACAAUUAAUGUCGGAGUAGCACCUACUCUAUUGUUUCCCCCAGAAGACUCAGGACUAAAUUCGUUCCGUGAUUUCUACCCUACAUAUCAAACAAUGUAUCAAUUAGGCGUCUUCAUAUCUCGCUCCUCCAUAGGUUGGCUCAAAGUCCCUUACGUUUUAGAGCUUGCUGUUAUUCAAUCUGCUAUUUUAGGCUUUACAAUCCUUCAAUCACUUUAUUAUUUCAUCCAUAGCUAUCAUUUUUUAUUAUUAACCAUUUUUAUUGAGGGACUUAUUGGUGGAACCGUUUAUGUCAAUGUCUAUCAUACCCUGCAGAACCUUGGUCAUAUUGACAGUGAGAUGGCCAUAAGCAUUGUUAGUCCAUCCGAUAGCACUGGUAUACUCAUCGCAUCUCUUCUAUCUUUAAUUCUUGAACCCAGUCUUUGCGGCUACCAAGUACGACAUGGUCGAGACUGGUGUAACCGUAUUUAGACACACUUCAUAGUCCACUCUAUAACGUCAAAUAAUUCGCUAAACAAAUACUGCCAAUUAUUGUCUUCAUUUCUUCAUGUCUUAAUAUAUUCUAAACUUUUAUUUAUUAAUUUUUCCUUUUCCUAUAAAACAUAUUA